GAACAUCCGCCAGGGUUUCGGUUGGUCCGCCUCUCCCCUCCCGACUCAACUCGGCUGUUCUCGUCGCAAAACGUCCGAGCGGCGGAGGAAAAGGAAAGCAGAGGGGGGUUGACUGGUCGUGCUGGGAAGAGACAGAGCGAGAGAAAGAGAGAGACAGAAAAAAAAAGUAAACGACAGUUGAAUAUUAACAAGCAGCCGUCAGCGGAAAGUGAGAGCGGUACGACUCGGCGGCUUUGAAGUGUCCGGUGAGGUCCACGUAGAGCUGGUUUUCCUGCUCAGCCUGUGGUGUAAACACAUUAGUGUAGUUGUGACAUUGCGCCGUGAGCGACAGAGCAGAGGGAAAGGUCUCCUCCCAGUCUGUUGACGGAUAUAGUUUUGGCUUCAGUGAAAGGAGACACGGCUAAAUAACCUGACUGUACAUUACCCCGGCCAGUGUUGAUUUGCCCAGGAUGUCUUCGAAGGCUCACAGUUCCAAUAACAUCGCUCAUGCCCGGCGGACGGUGCAGCAGCUGAGAAUAGAGGCGAGCAUUGAGAGGAUAAAGGUAUCCAAGGCCUCUGCGGACCUUAUGAACUACUGCAGUGAACACGGAAGAAACGAUCCUCUUCUAAUGGGCAUCCCCGCUUCAGACAAUCCCUUCAAGGACAAAAAACCCUGCACUAUAUUGUAGUGGAUGCCACUUAGCCUUUAUGUUUUUUUUUUUGUUAUGUUUUUUUUUUUUGCUUAUUAAUGUUGCUGUAUUCUUUUUGUUGGGAGGAAUGAGAGGUGGACUGAUCGUAUCAUUACCAUGUGUUCACCUGUUCUGUUUAACAAUUCAAAUACAGUUUUCUCGAAAAAAAAAAAAAAACAGCAAUUCGUAAUGAGCAAAGAAAGAAGCCCCACUCGCCUUUACUGCUCUCUGAAACUAUCGACCUUGACAGUGCCACUUUUCACUUUGAGCUCUGACCACUAACAAAGCUUUGGCUGCAUGAGUUGUGACCGCAUCAGGUAAGAAAUGUUGCUUUAAUAAUAUUCGGCAGACAUUACUGUCUGAAAACUGUUGAACAGUGGCACUGCCCAGUGACAGAUCGGAUCGUUUCUGGGCUGUGACUGGCAUUGUCUCUCUCAACUUCAGUGGAUUCAUGCAGCCAAAGUUUCCCCUCAGUUCUUUAAAAGUAUGUUAGUUCUAAUAAUGGCUCUCAUCAUGUGGCUUCACAGUUCAAUCCCAACAGUAUUUUACAGAUGUUGUGCAGUUUAAAUCACUGAAUUCAGGGAUCAGGAUUCGCCUUGAGCUUCUACUCAAAAGUUUCCACAACGUAUCUUUGAUUAGGGCAGUAAUGUCACUGCAUCUGGUGUGCAAUUACUCUGCUGCAGCAGCUGUGACCGAUCCACGACAAUCCAUAUGCCAUUUAAUCCACUCUGUUCCCGUCUGGUAUUUGUAGGUAUGAUUACCAUAAUACAGUGUUGUCUUGAUUUAAUGGCCCAUCGUGUUGAGAUAAAUUCCAUAUAAACCUCUUUAAUCCGAGAUAAUCUAUGCUCAGAUUCAAGCCAUUUGGGAGAAUAUGACCUCAGUGCUGCGAUGCUUUUGGAAGUUUCUCAGCUGACCAUGUAAAAUACAUAAUUAAUGACAUUAAUGCAGUCAGCAGUCAACACUGUGCAAAGAAGAUCCUGGGACCAAGCCAAACCAACGACUCUGCAUGUGAAAACAUCUAAAUAUAAGUCUGAAUGAGACUAUUUUAAGCCUUUCCUUUGAAAACUUACUGUGGUACGCUAUUUUUAGGACGCUGAUGGCACGUCAGCAAGUGUUACGCAGCACUGUGAGCCACGCCUGUUUGCUCGCCACAACAACAAGUAUGUUAGUCGAGCAAACGUGCACAUCUUUGUUGUGUUUGAAAGUGUUUCUCGCACAGGUAUAAUGGUGAUUUAAAAAGAUACCACUCUCCCAGGACUGCUCUCGGAUAUUUCAUGUUUAAACUUUUAACCUUUGUGUCGGUGGGGGGUCUUCAAUCUACAGUCUAACACGUCCUUCAUGUUGUGAUUCUCUGUGGGAAACUUGUCUGCUAUGGUAAAAUGUAACAAAAAAAUAAAUAAAAAACAGAAUAGAUAGCAUAAAUUCAAUUUCUUUCACUCUAAAGCCUUACUUAUGUUUGCCUUGUAUCAUGAAGAACUCUUAAUGGGAGGAUGUCUUUAAGAAAAAGAUGUUUCUAUCAAAUGUUUUUAUCUGUGGGAUGAAAGUGAUUUGUAACAAUAUCGUGCCAUCAGUUUUUUGUCACUAGCAGAUCAUGUUAAAUUGUGUUUCACUUACCUGGUGCUCUCCGCUUUUCAGCAGUUUUAUGGUAUUGUUGCCUUCUCCAAAGGGUACGUUCAGGUCUUCAAAUCAGCAAGAUCUGGUGUUGUUAUUAUUAUCCAGUUGUAUUUUUUUUUAUGAUUGUCUCUAACAGUCAGUUCUUCUUACUUGCAAUAAAUCAUUCCUGUAUGCCUCUUAAGGAAAAGUUCAGAUUACCACUGCCAUGUCAUUAUUUCUGUGCAUUCAUGCAAAACUCUGUAACGGCCUUAUUGUACCAUUGAUGGAUUAAUUUAACUGUCAGAAUCUGCAUUUUGAUAAAUGUCUUUAUUAAUAUACCAGCCUUUGUAUGAAGACUUAACUAAGAUUAAUAAAGUGAAGCAUUCCUACGGUACAGUACUGUACUAAUAUCUCAAUAAAGAUGUGUUGUGCUGCACUCUCGAAACAUU